ACUACUCCCUUUUCAGAAACCAGCCUGGAUCAGAACAGCUGGGAGUAGGCAGACUUUCGGGACAAAUGAAGAAGUGACAAUAACAUAUUUCCCAUUGCUGCUUUAGACACAGAGAGAGCUGUCUUUGACAGUGUUUCCAGACGUCUUUUAUUUUUUUUCUAAUUUUCCUGACGGCUCAAUGCUUAUAAAACAGAAAAGUUUGUUUCAACAAACCCAAGCACUUCUGUGCAAGAAUCUUCUUGUGAAAUGGAGAAGUAAAGGAGAAACUGCCUUGGAAUUGGGGAUUCCAAUACUUCUAGGACUCUAUGUGGGUCUAUUUUUUUAUUUUCAAUACUAUAGUCAUUUUCCUGGAAUGCCCCCUCGGGAUCUGGGAAGACUGGAUCAAUUUAAUAGCUCUCUAAAUGUUGUAUAUGCACCGAUAUCUAAGCUAACCCAGCAGAUAAUGAAUCAAACCAUCCUUGCUCCCUUCAUGACAGGAGUAAAAGUCAUUGGAGCAGCAAACGAAACACAUCUGGAUAAAAUCAUUGAGGAUAACUUAUCUGAUGCAGCAGGAAUAGUCUUCAAUGACAUGACUUCUUAUCAUUUAAAAUUUUAUCAGGGAUAUUUCAUACCAUCCGUGAAGGCAGAUGAGUUUACAGCUUAUUGUUUUGAUAUGUAUGAUAGACUUUUGUGUUCACUGGACAAAUACUGGACCAGAGGAUUCAUGCCUUUACAGACUGCCAUCAAUGUUGCUAUUAUACAAAUCCUGACAAAUCAUUCUGUGAUGGAGCAGUUAAUGUCUGUUACGGCUAUAGAUAUGAAGACAUUACCUUUUGUAGCUAAAGACUUUCUUCAAAACGAAUUAUUUCUUUUAUAUUGCUUGCUUUACUUCUCUCCAAUGGUAUACUUUUUAUCUAUCAAUAUAACAAAAGAGAGAAAAAAGAAGAAGGACUUGAUGAAAAUGAUGGGUCUUCAGGAUUCAGCAUUCUGGUUCUCUUGGGGAUUACUAUAUGCUAUCUUCAUUUUCAUUAUUUCCAUAAUCUUUACAAUAAUCAUAAAAGAGACAGACACGAUAAUGAUGACCAAUUUCACGGUCAUAUUUACACUCUUCUUUUUAUAUGGCACCAAUUUGAUAGCUUUAACCUUCCUGAUGACUGUCCUGAUCAAGAGAACUGCCCUCACGACUUUGGUGACAUUUUCUUUCACCAUCUUCUGGGGUGGUCUGGGAUUCACAGCCUAUUAUAGGCAACUUCCUGCAUCCCUGGAGUGGAUUUUGUGUAUCUUUAGUCCCUUUGCCUUUAUUGCUGGAAUGACUCAGAUUAUUCACCAGGAUUAUAAUAUGAGUGGUGUAACUUUUCCUGACCCUUCAGGAUCCUCCUAUAGCAUGAUAGCAACAUUUUCAUUAUUGGCUUUUGAUACUUUUUUGUACUUGGUAUUGACUUUAUACUUUGACAAAAUCUUACCUUAUGAAAAUAAUGGCUGUUAUUCUGCGUUAUUUUUCCUGAAUUCAUUACCUUGUCUCAAACAACAAAGAACUGAUCAUAAGAUUAUUGAAAAUGAAACAGAAACUGAGCAUUCAUCUGAUGAUAAUUUUGAACCAAUACCUCCAGAAUAUCAGGGAAAAGAAGUUAUCAGAAUCAGUAAUAUUAAAAAAGAAUAUAAAGGAAAGUCUGGGAAAGUGGAAGCCUUAAAAGGUUUGUCCUUUGACAUAGCUGAAGGUCAAAUCACAGCCAUUCUGGGUCAGAAUGGAGCUGGCAAAUCUUCAUUACUAAACAUUCUCAGUGGAUUAUCUGCUCCAACAGAAGGGUCAGUUACCAUCUAUAAUAAAAAUCUUUCUGAUAAGCAAGACUUGGAGGAGAUAAAAAAGAUCAUUGGUAUUUGUCCACAGAACAGUGCUGAAUUUGACUUGCUCACAGUCAAGGAAAACCUCAAGCUAUUUGCUAAAAUCAAAGGCAUUCAGUCACAAGUCAUAGAACAAGAGAUACAAAGAAUUUUGCUGGAAUUGGACAUACAAAACAUCCAGGAUCAACUUGCUCAACACUUAAAUGAAGGACAGAAAAGAAAGUUGACCUUUGGAAUUGCCAUUUUAGGAGAUCCUAGAGUCCUGUUAUUAGAUGAGCCAACUGUGGGAGUGGAUCCUUUUUCAAGGCAUCGAAUAUGGAGUUUCCUUAAAGAGCACAAAAAUGAUCGCGUGAUUCUUUUGAGUACCAAUUUUCUGGAUGAGGUUGACUACGUGGCUGAUAGAAAAGUAAUCAUGUCUAAUGGGAGAAUCAAGAGUGUGGGUUCUUCUGAAUUUUUGAAGAGAAGAUGGGGUCUUGGCUAUAACUUGAGUUUGUACAGAAAUGAAACAUGUGACCCAGAAAAAAUAACAUCCUUUAUUCAUCAUCACAUCCCUGAAGCUAAAUUAAAAGCAGAAAGCAAAGAAAAACUUGUAUACUCACUGCCUUUGGAAAAGACAAAUGCAUUUCCAGAACUUUUCAGUGAUCUGGAUAAGGGUUCUGGGCCAGGUGUGAUGAGCUAUGACGUUUCCAUAUCAACACUGAAUGAAAUCUUCACAAAACUGGAAAGAGGAACAACUAUCCAACCAGAUUUUGAACAUGCAGAAGUGGUGGGAAACAUAGAAAAUCUGAAUGACAUGAAUCCAGCUAACUUUUCAUCCACUGUGUCAAGGAAAGCUGUGAGCCCCAUGUAUCUGUGGAGAAUGCAGGUCUGUGCAAUGGCCAAACUCCGUUUCUUAAAAUUAAAGCGUGAAAGAAAAGAGCUUUUGACCCUAUUGUUUGUAUUUGGAAUUGCAUUGUACCCUUUAGUUAUGGAAAAGGCAAUCCGUGGUGUCCUAGCUGAAGAGACUAAUUGGGAACUGAAAUCUGAUUUGUAUUUUCUCUCUCCUGGACAACUUCCCCAAGAAACUCGUACUACCCUAUUGAUCAUCAAUAAUACAGAAUCAAAUAUUGAGGAUUUUAUACAGUCAGUGAAACAACAAAAUAUACUCCUGGAAAUAGAUGACUUUAAAAAUAGAAAUGGCACUGAGGAACUAUCAUACAACGGUGUUAUCAUAGUUUCUGGUAAACAGAAGGAUUAUAGAUUUUCGAUUGUGUGCAACACCAAACGGAUCCAUUGUUUUCCUAUCCUUAUGAACAUUAUCAGCAAUGGAGUACUUCGAAUGCUUAAUAACACACAAUAUAUUCGAAUUGGAAGAGGCAGUUUUCAAAUGCCAUUUAUGAUGGACAUUGUAGGGCUGCCGGAAAGUACCAUGUUUGUGGUUUUGGCGCUCUGCAACAUUUUUCCUUACAUUGCCAUGAGCAGUGUCAGCGAUUACCAAAAAGGUUGCAAGUCCCAGUUAUGGAUUUCCGGCCUCUUUCCUUCUGCUUACUGGUGUGGACAGGCAUUGGUGGAUAUUGCCCUUUAUGGUUCUUUCCUUCUUUUUGUUUAUAUACUUGUAUUUGUUGAAAAGUUGAUAAGCUUUCAUAUAACAGGACGAGUUGUAUUUGCUUUGUUCGUAAUUUCCCUUGGUUAUGUAACUUCUAUGAUCUUCAUGACAUAUAUGAUAUCAUUUAUUUUUCGCAAGAGGAAAAGAAAUAGUGGCAUUUGGUCAUUUGUCUUCUAUUUUAUCAUGCUCAUCAUGUUUGGUAUCAUUUUUUGGCCUACGAAUCGCAUGACUACUUUUAUUAUUAUCUUGCUAUUAUUUCCUAACAUGGGCAUAAUUGAAUUUCUCAGUAUCCUUCUAGAGAACAUAACUGUUUCUUUACUCCUGCCUUGCGUUCAGGCUUUGGUGUUCCUCUUUAUUCUAAGAUGCCUGGAAAUGAAGUAUGGGAAGAAAAUAUUGCAAAGAGAUCCUAUUUUCAGAAUUUCUCCCCAGAGAAGAGGUACACAGCACAAUUCUGAGUAUCCCAGAGAUGAAGAUGAAGAUGAAGAUGUUCAUGCAGAAAGAACCAGAACAGCAACUGCCCUGACCACUUCAAACUCGGAAGAGAAACCAGUCAUACUUGCAAGUUGUCUACACAAAGAAUAUGUGGGCCAGAAAAAAUAUUGCUUUUUAAAGAGAAAGAAGAAUGUAGCUACAAAAAGUAUCUCUUUUUGUGUUCAAAAAGGUGAAAUUUUGGGAUUACUGGGACCCACUGGAGCUGGUAAAAGCUCAUGUAUGAAAAUGAUAUCUGGAGCUAUGAAGCCAACAGCUGGAGAGGUGGAACUGAAUGACUAUUGCUCAGAUUGGGAUCAACCAGAAGGCAAUCAAGUCAAGGUCCUGGGGUACUGCCCUCAAAAGAAUGUGCUGUGGUCCAGGCUGACAGUAAAGGAGCACCUGCAGGUGUUUGCCUCAGUGAAGGGACUCAACAAAAAUGAUGCCACCACUGCCAUUUUAAGAUUGGUGAAUGCUUUCAAAUUGCACGAACAACUGAAUGUUCCAGUGUGUAAGUUAACAGCAGGAGCUACACGGAAGUUGUGUUUUCUGCUGAGUAUCCUGGGAGACCCACCUAUCCUGCUCCUGGAUGAACCUUCCACAGGGGUGGAUUCAAUGGAUCAGCUACAAAUGUGGAAGACUAUUCAAGGAACCAUUAAAAACACAGGGAAGGGGGCUCUCAUCGUCACUCAUCACCUAGCUGAGGCUGAGGCCUUGUGUGACCGUAUUGCCAUCAUGGUGUCAGGAAAACUUAGAUGCAUUGGCUCCAUCCAACAUCUGAAGAGAAAAUUUGGCAAAGAUUACACCCUAAAAAUCAAAGUGAAAGAAACUUCUCAAUUGAAUUCUGUCAAUACUGAGAUUCUGAAGCUUUUUCCACAGGCUAUUCAGCAAGAAAGGUAUGCCUUCUUCCUGACCUAUAAACUGCCCAUGAUGGAUGUUCAGCCGUUGUCUCAGGCUUUUCACAAAUUAGAAGCUGUGAAGCAUAAUUUGAACUUGGAUGAAUACAGCCUCUCUCAAUGCACCCUAGAAAAGGUAUUCUUAGAACUUUCCAAGGAGCAGCUGCUGGUAGAAUCUGAUGAAGAAGUUGGCACAACGGUCAGAUGGAGACUGUUACCUUAUUCAGAUGAAGCUUAAACACUUAAACAUUCUUUGUUGUUGUGUGUAAUAUGCAUUGUAAAGCUGUGAAUAAAGACUAGGAUAUAUAAAUCAGACUCUCAUUGGCAUCACCAUUAGGUUUGUUUUGUUGCCCACCAAAUCCCCUGUAAAGUGUAGGGUGAAUGGAAAAUUCACAAUAAAGACAGUGAUACUUCAUAAGAGUGACUGGAAGAAC